CACUCUAUAACGGCCAACAACCGCGCUGACAACCCGCUGCCAAUCUACCAUAUACUCUAUAGGACCCACUACAAAACCCACAGACCCAAGUCACAUUCGACCCCACCUCCGAAAUGGCGACAAGCGAGAAAGCAGAGAAGCCCGAGGGACUCAUUGACCGGCAAGAAGCCCAGGUCAAGUCUGCAGACAUGUCGCCGGAGAUGCAGCAGGAGGCCAUUGAAGUUGCACAAGAGGCAAUGGAGAAGUUUACGAUCGAGAAGGACAUUGCGCGAUACCUGAAGAAGGAGUUCGACGCCCGCAAAGGCGCCACAUGGCACUGCAUCGUGGGUAGGAAUUUUGGCAGCUUCGUCACCCAUGAAUCCAAGAACUUUAUUUACUUCUACCUCGGCCACUGCGCCAUUCUUCUCUUCAAGACUCAGUAGGCCUGGAAUGUUUGCGCUGGAGCACAUAGUUGCGGACCUAUCCACCCGUCCCUGCCACGUCACCUUCUCCAUUCACUGGUUCCGAUGGUGUACCGUUUACGCCGCACCUCCUCGACUCGGGCCGUGAUAACAUGGUGGUGUGGUCUCGCAUUCUAGCCUGGCAUAUGGGUGCUUCGGGAAGCGAUACAAUGGCCGUCGUCGACUGCUAUGGCUUACUCCUGCGACAAUACCAUGCAGUGUUCAUAUGGAUAGGUGGAUUAGCGAUGCGACGGAGCUUGCACGGAAGUCGAGGCUUGUUGGUGUGCUGAGACAAGGGGUCUUCCAUUCAUCACAGAUGGCAAGGAUCUCGGUUUGAAAUGGCCUUCUGUACAUUUGGUUUGAUGAAUUAGCAUGGAAACAUCAGUUUUCCACUUUCAAGGUACCUUCGUCUGCUAUCUGCAUUAAGGAAAA